CCUCCCAUUCUCACGGACACAGAGGAUCACGGAAAGAGCCAAAGAUGUCGGCUCGGUCAUGUGAUCAGCUGUGUCCAAUCACAGCUGAUCACAUGGGACAUGUACACUGAUCAUCAGGGCACUGAUGAUCAGUGUGCCCUGAUGAUCAGUGUAGCCCCAGCAGUGCCACCUGUCAAAGUCAAUCAGUGCCUUCUGUCAGUGCCGAUCAGUGCCACAUAUCAGAGCAUACCAGUGCACAUCAAUGCCACACAUAUCAGUGCCCAUCUGAGCUGCCUUUCAGUGUCAUCCAUCAGUGCCAGUCAGUGCCACCUAUCAAUGCCAAUCAGUGCCACCUAUCAGUGCUGCCAAUCAGUGUCACCUAUCAGUGCCUGUCAGUGCCGCCUAUCAGUGCCUGUCAGUGCCGCCUAUCAGUGUGCAUCAGUGCCACCUAUCAGUGCCAGUCAGUGCCGCCUAACAGUGCCAGUCCGUGCCACCUAACAGUGCC